CGCCGCCGCCGCCGGGGCCCGGCACCUCCGCACCGCACCGCACCGCCACCGCCGGGCCCCGCUCCGCCGCCACCGCCGGGCAGGCGGCCGUGCCACAAGCAGCAGCACCAUGUUCAACCUGAUGAAGAAAGACAAAGAGAAGGAUGGGGCCAGGAAGGAGAAGAAAGAAAAGAAGGAGAAGAAGGAGCGGAUGUCGGCGGCCGAGCUCAAGAGCCUGGAGGAGAUGAGCAUGCGGAGGGGCUUCUUCAACCUCAACCGUGCGUCCAAGCGGGACUCCAAGGCGCGCCUGGAGAUCUCCAACCCCAUCCCCAUCAAGGUGGCCAGUGGCUCCGAUCUGCACCUCACCGACAUCGACUCCGACAGCAACCGGGGCAGCGUCAUCCUGGACUCGGGCCACCUGAGCACGGCCAGCUCCAGCGACGACCUCAAGGUGGACGACGCCAACUUCAAGGGCUCGGUGCUGCAGCGGGCGGCCAAGUUUGGCUCCUUGGCCAAGCAGAACUCGCAGAUGAUCGUUAAGCGCUUCUCCUUCUCACAGAAGAGCCGCGAUGAGAGCGCGUCGGAGACCUCCACCCCUUCGGAGCACUCAGCAGCCCCCUCCCCUCAGGUGGAGGUGCGCGCGCUGGAGGCUCAGCUCUCCAAGCAAGGCGCACCCCAAGGGCAUCCCCGCACCCCUCCUGUGCCCUCCUCGAUCUCCAGACCCCCAGAGCUGGUGAGCAAGAGGUUUCCUGCAGAGCUGCGCCUGCCCGCCCUGGUGCCCCCGCAGCCCCCGGCACCUCGGCAGCUGGAGCUGCAGAGACGCAAUACCGGCGAUUUUGGCUUUUCGCUGCGCCGCACCACCAUGCUGGACUGUGCCCCCGAUGGCCAGCUGUAUCGCCGCGUCGUGCAUUUUGCUGAACCCGGCGCCGGCACCAAGGAUUUGGCACUGGGAUUGGUGCCGGGCGAUCGUUUGGUGGAGAUCAACGGGAAAAACGUGGAGAACAAAACGCGGGAUGAGAUCGUGGAGAUGAUCCGGCAAUCCGGUGAGACGGUGCAGCUGAAGGUGCAGCCCAUCCUGGAGCUGAGCGAGCUGAGCCGCUGCUGGCUGCGGGGCGCCGAGGGGACGCGCCGUGCCGCGUGGGAUCUGGACCCCGUCACCCCGGCCCCCAGCCAGGCCAAGACAGAGGAGCAAAUCGCUGCUGAGGAGGCUUGGUAUGAGACCGACAAGGUGUGGCUGGUGCACAAGGACGGCUUCUCCUUGGGCAGCCAGCUGCGGCCGGAGGAGCCCAGCGCCCUGCCCGAGGGCAAGGUGAAGGUGAAGCUGGACCACGACGGAGCUGUCUUGGAGGUAGAGGAGGACGACGUGGAGAAGGCGAACCCUCCGUCCUGUGAGCGCGCGGAGGACCUCGCCAGCCUCCUCUACCUCAACGAGUCCAGCGUCCUGCACACGCUGCGGCAGCGCUAUGGCAGCAACCUCAUCCACACCUACGCCGGCCCGGCCAUGGUGGUCAUCAACCCGCUGAGCUCCCCCUCCAUGUACUCUGAGAAGGUGAUGCACAUGUUCAAGGGGUGCCGCCGGGAGGACGCGUCCCCGCACAUCUACGCCGUGGCGCAGGCCGCCUACCGCAGCAUGCUGAUGGGCCGCCAGGACCAGGCGGUGGUGCUGCUGGGCGCCAGCGGCAGCGGCAAGACCACCAACUGCCAGCACCUCGUCCAGUACCUCGCCACCAUCGCCGGCAGCACCGGCAAGGUCUUCUCCGCGGAGAAGUGGCAGGCGCUCUACACCGUCCUGGAGGCUUUUGGCAAUAGCAGCACCAGCAUGAACGGCAAUGCCACGCGCUUCUCCCAGAUCAUCUCCCUGGAUUUCGACCAGGCUGGGCAGGUGGCAUCCGCCUCCAUACAGACACUGCUGCUGGAGAAGCUGCGUGUUGCCCGGCGCCCGGCCAAUGAGGCCACCUUCAAUGUUUUCUACUACCUGCUGGCCUGCUCCGACAGCACCCUGCGGACAGAGCUGCACUUCAACCACCUGGCGGAGAACAACGUCUUUGGCAUUGUGCCCCUCGCCAAGCCAGAGGAGAAACAGAAGGCCACCCAGCAGUUCAACAAGCUGCAGGCUGCCAUGAAGGUGAUGGGCAUCUCCAGCGAUGAGCAGAAAGCCUUCUGGCUGGUCCUGGGGGCCAUCUACCACCUGGGGGCUGCUGGAGCCACCAAAGACGCCGACGAAGCUGGCAGGAAGCAGUUUGCACGACACGAGUGGGCUCAGAAAGCCGCCUACCUGCUGGGCUGCAGCCUGGAGGAGCUCUCCUCCUCCAUCUUCAAGCACCAGCCCAAGGGCAGCCUGCAGCGUUCCACCUCUUUCAGACAGGGCCCCGAGGAGCCGGGCAUGGGUGAUGGCACAGGUCCCAAGCUGACGGCGCUGGAGUGCCUGGAGGGCAUGGCUGCAGGCUUGUACUCGGAGCUCUUCACCCUGCUUAUCUCCCUGCUUAAUAGGGCACUCAAGUCAAGCCAGCACUCGGUGUGCUCAGUGACGGUGGUGGACACCCCUGGGGCACAGAACCCCGAGGUGGUGGGGCAGAGCCGAGGGGCCACCUUUGAGGAGCUGUGCCACAACUACGCCCAGGAGCGCCUGCAGCUCCUCUUCCACCAGCGCACCUUCGCCCAGGAGCUGGAGCGUUACAAGGAGGAAAACAUAGAGCUCGCUCUGGCUGACACAGAGCCCACUUCCUGGGGCUCUGUAGCUGCUGUAGACCAGCCCUCCCACCAGGCACUGGUCCGCUCACUGGCACGCACUGAUGAGGCACGGGGGCUGCUGUGGCUGCUGGAGGAGGAGGCCCUGCAGCCAGGUGGCAGCGAGGACACCUUGCUGGAGCGGCUCUUGGCCUACUAUGGCCCCCAGGAGGGGAGCAAGAAAGGACAUGACCCGCUGCUGCCCAGCGACAAACCCCGGCACUUCUUCUUGGGCCACAGCUCGGGCACCAACUGGGUGCACUACGAUGCCACGGGCUGGCUCAACCACGUCAAGCACAACCCAGCCACCCAGAACGCCUCCGUGCUGCUUCAGGAGUCGCAGAAGAAGAUCAUCAGCAGCCUGUUUGCAGGGCGCGGCAGCUCGGCGCUGGUGCUGUCGGGCUCGGUGGCAGGGCUGGAGGGGGGCUCACAGCUGGCCCUGCGCCGGGCCACCAGCAUGCGAAAAACCUUCACCACUGGGGUGGCCGCAGUCAAGAAGAAAUCACUGUGCAUCCAGGUCAAGCUGCAAGUGGAUGCCCUCAUCGACAGCAUCAAGAAAUCCAAGCUGCACUUUGUGCACUGCUUCCUACCCAAGGCGGCGGGGAGCGGUGGGGACCCCCGAGGGCUGCCGUGCCGCCGGGUGAGCGGCAGUGAGCUGGAGCUGCCGGCCGAGCACUGCGAGCCCGCGGGGCUGAUGCAGCUGGAUGUGCCCCUGCUGCGCGCGCAGCUCCGCGGCUCCCGCCUGCUCGAUGCCCUCCGCAUGUACCGACAAGGCUACCCUGACCAUAUGGUGUUUGCUGAGUUCCGGCGGCGCUUUGACGUGCUGGCCCCACACCUCACCAAGAAGCACGGCCGCAACUACAUCGUGAUGGAUGAGAAGCGGGCAGUCGAGGAGCUCCUGGAGUCGCUGGACCUGGAGAAGAGCAGCUAUCACAUGGGUCUGAGCCGGGUGUUUUUCCGUGCUGGCUCACUGGCCAGGUUGGAGGAGCAGCGGGAUGCGCAGACCAGCAGGAACAUCACCCUGUUCCAGGCGGCGUGCAGGGGCUUCCUGGCACGGCAGCACUUCAAGAAGAGGAAGAUCCAGGAUUUGGCCAUCCGCUGCGUGCAGAAGAACAUCAAGAAGAACAAAGGGGUGAAGGACUGGCCCUGGUGGAAGCUCUUCACCACCGUGAGGCCCCUCAUCGAGGUGCAGCUCACUGAGGAGCAGAUCCGUGGCAAGGACGAAGAGAUCCAGCAGCUGAAGAGCAAACUUGAGAAAGUAGAGAAGGAGCGCAACGAGCUGCGGCUCAACAGCGACCGCCUGGAGAGCAGGAUCACGGAGCUGACAUCGGAGCUGACAGACGAACGCAACACGGGCGAGUCAGCCUCACAGCUGCUGGACGCCGAGACGGCCGAGAGGCUGCGUGCCGAGAAGGAGAUGAAGGACCUGCAGGCCAAGUACGAUGCUCUGAAGAAGCAGAUGGAGUCCAUGGAGAUGGAGGUGAUGGAGGCUCGGCUCAUCCGUGCGGCAGAGCUCAACGGGGAGCUGGACGACGAUGACUCAGGCGGCGAGUGGAGGCUGAAAUACGAGCGGGCGGUGCGGGAGAUCGACUUCACCAAGAAGCGGCUGCAGCAGGAGCUGGAGGACAAGCUGGAGGUGGAGCAGCAGGGCAAGAGGCAGCUGGAGCGCAGGCUGGCAGACCUGCAGGCGGACGGUGAGGAGAGCCAGCGGGCGCUGCAGCAGCUGAAGAAGAAGUGCCAGCGGCUGGCGGCCGAGCUGCAGGACACCAAGCUGCACCUGGAGGGGCAGCAGGGCCGCAACCACGACCUGGAGAAGAAGCAACGCAGGUUUGAUGGAGAGCUGUCGCAGGCGCACGAGGAGGCGCAGAGGGAGAGGCUGCAGCGGGAGAAGCUGAGCCGUGAGAAGGACGUGCUGGUGGCUGAGGUGUUCGGCCUCAAGCAGCUGCUGGAGGACAAAGAUGCAGACAUCGCCGGGCUGACGCAGCGGGCGGAGGCGCUGGAGGCAGAGCUGCAGGACAUCUCCUGCCAGGAAUCCAAGGACGAGGCGUCUCUCGCCAAGGUGAAGAAGCAGCUGCGCGACCUGGAGGCCAAGGCGAAGGACCAGGAGGAGGAGCUGGAUGAGCAGGCCGGCACCAUCCAGAUGCUGGAGCAGGCCAAGCUGCGCCUUGAGAUGGAGAUGGAGCGGCUGCGGCAGACCCACGCCAAGGAGGUGGAGAGCCGCGACGAGGAGGUAGAGGAGAUCCGGCAGUCGUGCCAGAAGAAGCUGAAGCAGAUGGAGAUGCAGCUGGAGGAGGAGUAUGAGGACAAGCAGAAGGUGUUGAGAGAAAAGCGGGAGCUGGAGAGCAAACUGUCUGCAGUCAGUGAUCAGGCCAACCAGAGGGACUUCGAGACAGAGAAGCGCCUACGCCGCGACCUGAAGAGGACGAAAGCACUGCUGGCCGAUGCACAGAUCAUGCUGGACCACCUGAAGAACAACGCGCCCAGCAAGAGGGAGAUCGCCCAGCUCAAGAACCAGCUCGAGGAGUCCGAGUUCACCUGCGCAGCUGCUGUCAAAGCCCGCAAGUCCAUGGAGGUGGAGAUUGAAGACCUUCACCUGCAGAUUGAUGACCUCUCCAAAGCCAAGGCAGCGCUGGAAGAGCAGCUGAGCCGGCUGCAGCGGGAGAAGAAUGAGGUGCAGAACCGCCUGGAGGAAGAUCAGGAGGACAUGAAUGAGUUGAUGAAGAAGCACAAAGCAGCAGUGGCCCAGGCAUCCCGUGACCUGGCACAGAUGAACGACCUCCAGGCACAGCUGGAGGAGGUCAGCAAGGAGAAGCAGGAGCUGCAGGAGAAGCUGCAAGGGCUGCAGAGCCAGCUGGAGUUCCUGGAGCAGUCCAUGGUGGACAAGUCACUGGUGAGCAGGCAGGAGGCCAAGAUCCGUGAGCUGGAGACCAGGCUGGAGUUUGAGCGGACACAAGUCAAGCGCCUGGAGAGCCUGGCCACGCGGCUGAAGGAGAACAUGGAGAAGCUGACGGAGGAGCGGGACCAGCGAGCAGCUGCCGAGAACAGGGAGAAGGAGCAGAACAAAAGGCUGCAGCGGCAGCUCCGUGAUGUCAAGGAGGAGAUGGGCGAGCUGGCCAAGAAGGAGGCGGAGGCCAGCCGCAAGAAGCACGAGCUGGAGAUGGACCUGGAGAGCCUGGAAGCUGCCAACCAGAGCCUGCAGUCAGACCUGAAGCUGGCCUUCAAGCGCAUCGGGGACCUGCAGGCUGCCAUCGAGGAUGAGAUGGAGAGCGACAGCAAUGAGGACCUCAUCAACAGUUUGCAGGACAUGGUGGCAAAGUAUCAGAAAAGAAAGAGUAAACUCGACGGUGACUCGGACGUGGACUCAGAGCUGGAGGAUCGCGUGGAUGGAGUGAAGUCGUGGCUGUCCAAGAACAAAGGCUCCUCCAAAGCGCUCUCAGAUGAUGGCAGCCUGAAGGGCAGCAGCAGGUCGGCUCCCACGGAUGUCCCCGAGGGCGAAGAGCGCCCGGUGUCGGUGUUGAGCAGCCUGAGCUAUAGGAAGCGGCCGAGCCUGAAGGACUCCAUAGGCGGCCGCGGGGACGAGCAGACGCUGUUCAGCGCUCUGAGCGAACGGGCGGCCUCCCCGGAGCGCGCUGCCCGCCGGGCGCGGGGCGCAGAGCACGAGGACCGGGCGGCCGUCAUCGCCCGCGCCUUCGCCGACGCCAGCGGCCGCGCUCGGCAGGGGCUGGGCAAGCGCUGGUCGCUGUCGGCUGGCGAUGGGGAGAAGGGCUCCGUCGCCUCCGCGCCGGUGAGCAGAGCCUCGUCGGCCUCGUGGCGCGCGCCGGAGGAUGGAGACGAAGGGGACGAGGCGUGCUCGGUGCUGAGCUUCGCCCUCUCCAGCCCCGGCAGCCUGCGGAGCCGGCGCAGCGGUGCCGACGGUCGCCCCGAUUCGCGGCUUUCGCUCGCCCGCAGCCUCCUGGAUGAGGCGGAUGAAGCAUCCCGCGGGCAGCCCCCGCUGGGCCGCAGCUUCUCCGUGCCCCCGCGACCCCGCAGCGCCGCCUCCGAGGACGGUCCCCCCGGCGACGCCCGCCCGGUGGGGCACCGCUCCUACCUCGACCCCGACCUGGAGGCUGCCAUCCAGGAGGUGCUGAGCUACCGCUCUCCGCGGGCCGGGGGUCUCUCCAGCCCCGACUCCGGGGACGACGGGCGCAGCGUCCGCAGUGUGCGCAGCGUGCGCAGCGCGGCGCCGCUGGGUGCCGCCGACCGCCCCGGCAGCCUCCGCCGCUCCGCGUCCGCCCUCGAGGUGUCGCGUCCAUCCCGGCGCUCCGGCCGCCGCCGCAGCAGCUCUUCCUCGGAGUCGUCCUCCUCCUCGGAGGAAGAGGAGGAGCGCAAGAGGAAGAGCGCUAAGAAGAAAUCCAAGAAAUCCAAAAAGAAAUCCAAAAAGAAGAAGAAAAAGUCAUCCUCCGAGUCGGGCUCAGAUUCCUCCUCCGAUUCCUCCUCCGGUUCCACCGUCUCCUACCGGAGCACCUCCAGUGUGAAGAAGGGCCCGCGGGCGGCCGGGGGGGAGGAGCCGGUGCGCCCCGACCGGGCCAGGAAGGAGGAGAAGAAGCGCAAGAAGCAGGUGGACAGCCUGAUGAUGAAGUACCUGUACCGGCCUGAGAGCGACUGAGGCAGGAGCCCCCCGAGCUGCCGGAAACCCUUCUCCUAUGACCGAUGGGACGAGGAGCUGGAUGCCACAGAAAGCACGGAGCGCUCAUCCCACAGCCCCACCAGCGAUGGCGAGGCGGAGAGCCGC